AUUUUAGGAAUGAAAAGAUACAAAAAUACAAUGUAUAAUUUUAAAAUUGGCGCUACGAUAAACCGUAUAUUUCAUUGGUUGUUAAAUCUCUGCUGGAAUCGGCCAAUCAGGUUAUAUUUUUCUGCUCCUCAUGAUGGACAUAUGUAGGUACACUAAUCUAUUAAAAUAGGUUAGGAUCUUUCCGCUAAGUAAUGUCCGUUAUAUGAUGAGUAUAUUUUUAUUUUGAUAAAUGCCGAUAUUUAAAUAAAAGCAUAUUUAUAUUAUAUUGAAUGUAAUUUUGAUCACAAUUUUAUUCUAUACUAAACACUUAAUCAUUUUUAAGUGACAUGUUGACAUUUCAAAACAUUACCAAAUAAUAUAUUUGAUUAUUAUUUAGUUUUUUUUUUCAAAGUAACAAAAGCAGAAAAUAUUAAUUAAUAUGCAGAAUGCGAGAGAGAUAUUAAAAUGUCGAUCAUUAUUGGGAUCAUCAUGCAAUUGCAUGAUUGAUAAACAACUCAAUAAAUAUUUCAGUGGCAAUGUCAAAAAUAUCUUGGAAAAAGAGAAAAUAAUCCAUCAUUAUCGCAAAUUGCAUCCUUGGAAAUCUCAGGAAAGUUUUUCCAAGUAUUUGUUAAAAAAUGUUUUAUACAACAAAGAUGGAUUGGUUGCAAUAAAUAAACCAUACGGAAUAUCUCCUAAAAUGUCAAAUAUUAUAAACAAAAGGGAUCCUAAUAUUUAUACUAAAGUACUUAAUGGAGUAGAUUAUACUUUAGACAAUAGUAUGGAAUUUAUUGCUAAGGAAUUAGGAUACUCUGAAUUAGUUAUAGUUAAAGCACCAGAAAAAUUUAUGAGUGGUGUAACACUGUUAGCUGCAAAUGAUACGGUACAAAAAGCUAUCAAUUCUUCUUACAUAAAAUCAAUAGGAAAGAAUAUUUUGAAUAAAACAUACUGGAUUAUUACUGUAAGAGUACCAAAUCAAAUAAAAGGAGACGAACAUUUGUGCAUGAGAAAACAGUUUAAUUCGUCUAGAUCCCAAAGCAAGAUUGUCAUAGACGAUAAAUGGAGUAAGAAUGCAGAGAAACGAAGAGCAAUCAAAAUAUUAAAUGUCCAAUUUAAAGUCAUUUCCAAUUCAACAAAAAAUUUAAGUUCUUUAAUCGAAAUAAAAGCAUCGACCAUCAAAUGGCACGCUCUAAGAUUAUACGCUUCGACCAGAUUAUAUGCUCCAAUUUUGGGAGAUAAUUUAUAUGGAUCAAGAAUACAUAACGUCGCAGGCAAAUGGUUAUUGGUAAAUCCUUUUUCAGAAGUAACUAAUUAUUUACCUACCAUUAGUCCUGAAUUAUUAGAAAUUUUAUAUUUAAAUAAAGCUAAGCAAGAACUAAUACCUUGCCAUAUUCAUGCACGAAGUGUAUUUUUACCAAAUAUCUCAGGAAAGGAAUCUCUGACGAUAGAAGCACCUUUAAUAUCACCAUUUGACUGGACUUGCAAACAGUUGCAAUUUAAAAACAUACCUGAAUUAGAAGAAAGUACAAAGUGUAAAGUUUCGUUGCAAGCUUGAUCAUAAUCUUUAUUAAUAUUGUAUAAUAUUAAAUACACAAUGGCAAUAACGUUAAUGACUCAAUACAUGUUUGCCUUUUAA